AUGGAGAGAGUUAAAAUAAAACGUCGACGAGUAAGUUAAACGCUAAGGACAUUUACGUUCAGGAAUCCGAGGAGAAAGAACGUUUAACUCAAGUCUACGAAGAAUUCAAGGAUGAUUUCGAUGGAAGCCGUGUUAAAAUUAACACUAUGUUUGUUAGAGGGGAAGUAGUCAAUGCGGGACAGACCGGUGAGACUUUAAACCAACGUCAUUGUCUUUGAUUUAGAUUUUGCACCUGCCCCAGUUGUCAAACCUCAGAUUGAUCCAUCGAAAGCAAAGGAAUUGGCCAGCAAGAUUGGUCAGAGGAUCAUAAUGGAGGCGAAGCAGAAGAAGGUGGCUUCCCAAAUUCAGUUCGGCGGUGGAGUGACACCUGGUGGAGACGAUGGAGCUCCAAUCAAUAGGCCGCCGAAACCGGGCACCAAGAAGGAAACCAGCACUCGGAAGAGCAAUUUGGAGGCAUUCAAGGAGGAGUUGAAACAGUGAGAUUCGAAUUCACAUUGGCUCAAUGAAAACCCGCUCUUUGCGGCGUUUUUAUUUAUCUGCAGGAUCCAGGAGAUGCGUCAAGAACGUCGCGAGCAGCUCAAACAGAAGUUCGGUGACAGUCCGGCGGUGGAACGGCUCGUGCAAGAUCCGUUCUUAUUGGGGCACUCUGAGUUUGACACUAAUCCUGACACUACGAACCUUUACUUGGCAUCGUUGGAUCCUGAUGUGGGGUUUUAUUAUUUUAUUAUUUUCGAAAUUUAGAUAACAUUGGAAGAUCUUUACGACACUUUUGGCAGCUUCGGGCCUCUUGCUUCAGCUAAGAUUUUAUACCCGAAACCUGAAGAAGCCAGGAAAUGCCCAUUGCUGAGUGGAUUUGUUGCCUUUAUGGCAAGGGCUGAUGCCGAGAGAGCGAUGGCUGUAAUGCCUGGAGAACAGAUUAAGGCGUCAAAGAUCAGGGCCUCUUGGGCGAAGCCGGUGAAUCUUCCUGCUGUGGUGGGCUAAUUUUUAUACGUUAGAUAGUUUUUGUUUAGCCGUUUUAUAUUCCGAAGUCUCUGAGAAAUUUUGCUAUGCCUGAUCCUCCAUCUGGGCUUCCUUUCAACGCCAAACCCAAUAAAUAUGAUAUGAAGAAGUUUCUAAAGAAACACGAAAAACUUCCACGGAUUUCAGAAUUGCAAGACCUCGACCAGGAAACCAAGAAAGACUACUGCAAGGUAACAACGUCGAUUCGGCUUGAGAAAAAUUUAUUUCAGAUUUUAAGGAAUGCCGUUGUUAGAGUUGUAAUCCCUACGGAAAGGUAAGACGAAUACAGCCUUGUUGAUUUUCUGUAGACCUUUGUUGUUUUUGAUCCACCGGACAAUUGAAUUUCUGAUCAGAGAGGGGCCGAUGUUUGAAGCCCUAAUUAUGAAGAAAGAAAGGAAUAAUCCAGUGUUUAGGUAUGUCGUUUUUCUUUCACAUUUACAGUUCGUUAGAUUCUUAUUCGACAACAAUCAUCCAACCCAUGUGUAUUAUCGAUGGAGAUUGUAUUCUGUUCUGAAUGGAGAAGAUCGCAGCGAUUGGAGUAUUCGAAGAUUCAAGAUGUUUGAAGGCGGAAGCUGGUGGGAACCCCCUCCGCACUCCUUGUUCAGUGCUGGAAUGCCUCCCCAGCUCUAUCACAAAGCCUAUAAAUCUACGAAACGGGAAGAAAAGAGACGCCGAAAAACACCAGAAAGUCCUGAUAGGGUAAGUGUGUUUUGUCAUUAAUGUUUCACUUUACAGAAACGCCAGAGAAAAGUUUCGGAACCAGUAGAAGUCUCCGAGCCAGAGAAAGUUAGAGGAGUUUUGUCAGAAAAGGAAUGGGAUGAGUUACAAGACAUGCUCAGAGAUCUCAAACCAGAGCGACAGAUGAUCGGAGAUGCCAUGAUAUGGUGUGUCGAUCAUGCGGACUGUGCCAAGGAGAUAUCGGAGUGCUUGUAUCAAAGUCUGGGCAUCCCUGAAACACCGUUACAUAAAAAGGUUGCUAUCCGCCCUUAUCGUUUAUGAAUUUUAUUUUAGAUUGCGAGACUCUACCUCAUUGCUGAUAUACUUGCGAAUUGUGGGAUUCGUGUGAGAGAUGUCUUCAAGUAUCGUCACUGCUUUGAGCAAUAUCUUUCCAAGAUAUUUUUGUCACUCAAUGAAACGUUGGAAUCUAUUGAAAGCCGACUUAAAGCGGAGCAGUUUAGACAACGGGUUAUGCUCUGUUUUAGGCAUUGGGAAGACAAUUCAAUAUACACACGCGAUUUACUCAUCAACCUGCAGAAUGUGUUCUUGGGUUUGGUCAAAGUAAGAGGUCUUUCUAUGAAUAACCCUGUUUUAGCCGGAUACCAAGAAGCAUGAAAGUGAAGACGAGGAAGAUGUGGAUGGUGUUCCGCUUGAUUUUUCAGCAACUGCGCCGUCGAAAAAUAAUGAGGAGGGUAGUGACAGUGAUAUUGACGGAGUUCCCUUACAAUCGGAACCCAUUAAUAAAGAUAACCCAGACGAAUCAAAAGUGUGGAACCAGGCAUGUCAAUAUUGUUAUUUUAUUACUGGUUUAGAAUACGUUGGAUGAAUUUGCAUCGAAAUGGGAUGCCAUAGAGCCAGAGCUUACUGAGGAGGAGAACAGAGAAGGGAAAGGAUUCUUUAAGCCCCUCGAAGAAGUUGCUCCUUCGCCACAAAUGGAAACAAACGUUUCGAAGAAUGGAGGGAUUCACGCCAAAUCAACGGCUUGGGAAGAAGAAAGACGAAGGCUACUCAGAGACAUUGAGGUGAUUGCAAUCGCAAUUUAAAUUAAUGCCUAUUUCAGAUGAAAGUUGUGGAGUAUCAGGAUGAACUUGAAAGCGAUCUUGCACCCAAUGUAGAACAGAAACUGGAAGACUAUCGAAAGAAGCUCAUUGAUAAAAUGGAGAAGGAACUUGAGUCUUUUGAAGAAGGAGAAUUGGUGGGAUCUCAGAACGAUAAAAAAGAAAAGAAAAAGCGAAGUCGAGAUAAGAAAGGAGAAAGCCAAUCGAGAAGACGAUCACGGUCGAGGAGCAGAUCAGACAGCCGAGGACGCUCUAGGAGAUCGAGAUCCAGAAGUCCGUUGAAGUCGAGAAGCAGAUCAACGAGUCGAGAACGGAGGAGAGACUCCAGAAGACAUCGGGAAUCGCCAGAUAGGUAGGUAAACGUGUUUACUUUACGUUGUUCUCGGAAAGUGACUCAGUAAAUUUCUAUGACUGGUCAAAAAAUAAGUAUAUUUAGAAAGCAAACCAUGACAUAAAUUACUUGCUUUUUUAAUCCUAUUCUUAUUCAGUGCCUUUUUCAGACGCCGAAGAAAUAGAAGCCCCGACAGAGAUCGUCGUCGCCGUUGA